AGCACUGUACGCUGUUAGACCAUGAUCAUGGAUUGGAACAUCCCUCCGGGCCCUAAGUUCCUAUUCUCACACUACCAUGUCUUCGUCUUUCCGCCUCUCGCCGCAUAUAUACUACUAUGGGUAUUAUCUUCUACUCUGUCAUACAAGAUCCACGGAGUGGUCAGAGUGAUUCUUCCACUUCUGGCGAUCCCUGUAUUUUGUCUCGCACGCAUACAGGCCAACGAAUGGCACAGGAGUAUCAAAGCGAGAAGAAGCGGCGGUAGACUUCCCAAGCUGAUUCCUCACAAGUGGCCGGGUGGAAUAGACCUCCUGCUGGAUAUGCAAAGGAAGCAGAAGACUAUAUAUCCAGGCGAGACGAUGGCCCGGUUCUACGCGCAACAUGGACAAUGGACACUCUCCUCGAAGAUGAUGUUCAAUACAAUUAUCAACACCGCCGAGCCCGAACAUAUCAAGUCCAUACUAGCUACCGACUUUGGGAACUUCGAGAAAGGUCCUGUCACUUUUGCGAUCCUGCGGUCUAUGCUCGGAAGUGGCGUGUUUAACUCUGAUGGCGAUAUGUGGAAAUUCCAUCGCACGAUGACACGGCCCUUCUUUACGAAAGACCGUAUAUCUCACUUCGAUAUAUUCAACCGUCAUGCGGAGGAUGCGAUCUCGCAAAUGAAGACACGCUUGAAGGAAGGAUAUGCUGUAGACUUACAGGAUCUUGUUUCUCGCUUCACUCUUGACUCCGCUACCGAUUUUCUCUUCGGAACAGACGUCUGCUCUCUUGCUUCUGGUUUGCCUUAUCCUGCGGACAAGCAACCCAUUACAGGUCUCUCGCUCACCUCAUCCAACGCAGGCUCUGAUUUCGCAGCUACCUUCACGGAUGCUCAGACAACUACGUUGACGAGGCUUCGUUUCGGGCCUGUGUGGCCCCUAUUUGAGUUCUGGAGAGACAAGCCAGCUCAUCGUAUGAAGUCCCUCGAUCAUGUCAUAGAUCCUAUAGUUCGGUAUGCUAUCGAGAAGCAGAAGAGCACGGCAGGCCAGAAAGAUAGUAAACCUGAAGAGGAGGAAACUUUACUCGAACAUUUGGUCAAGACUACUGAUGACUUCAAGCUCAUCAAAGAUGAGACACUGAACAUCCUGAUUGCUGGGCGGGACACCACGGCGGCAACACUCACAUUCGCAGUAUACAUGCUCGCUCAGCACCCGGACAUUCUUUCUCGUCUGAGAGAAGAAAUUUUUACGAAGCUCGGUGCUGGAGCAAACGGCCGAAGGCCGACCCAUGAGGACUUGAGGGACAUGAAGUACCUGAGAGCAGUUAUCAACGAGACACUCAGAUUAUAUCCGGUGGUGCCUUUCAACAUUCGAACGGCAACCAAAGACACGCUGUGGCCCUCGAAAGAGCCUGGAGAGAAACCUUUCUUCAUACCAGCAGGUUCUUCUGUGAUCUAUUCUGUCUUCUUGAUGCACCGUCGCACAGACCUUUGGGGCCCAGACGCUCUGGAGUUCGAUCCAGAUAGAUUCUUGGACGAACGUCUGCACAAGUACUUGACACGUAACCCCUUCAUAUUUCUCCCGUUCAACGCUGGCCCUCGAAUCUGUCUGGGUCAACAGUUCGCGUACAACGAGGCAUCAUUUUUCCUUGUCCGACUGCUCCAAUCUUUUGCGUCCAUCACUUUGACACCCGAGGCGCAACCAUCAUCUCAUCCUCCCGCUCAAUGGGCUCAGUUGCCUGGAAGGGCAUCUAGGGAGAAGACAUGGAUAAAGUCGCACUUCACGUUGUUCGCUGCCGAGGGGCUUUGGUUGAAGAUGGAGGAAGCGUCCGACGAUGGUGGCGUUGAAGUGCUUUCGGCAUAGACGGUCAUGCCCCAGGUGCUUCUAGUCAGUGCACACUUCUUUUGCACCUACAAAUGUCUCAACUUAGUGGGAGUGGAUAGGCCUUCACGUUCUUUCACGCAAACCCGGAAGAGGUCCGGAGUUUUCGCAGCUACCGAUUGAAUCGACUCCAUCUUGUAAGCUAUGGGCGCUUGUCUGAUGAACAGGAUCUUGUGGGGUCAAACACAUGUGGAGGGUAGCGUCGUCCAACUAUUAUUUAUAUCUAUAUACUGG